UCCACCUCAAUCGCAUCUCUUAGAAACACGCAACUCUCCAAAAUACCGGCUUCUGGAUGGCCAUUUCAGCAACAGCGUAGGAUGCAUCGGGUCGUCUGUUUGUGCACACAUCAGCAGAAUGGGCACUAUCGCAACAAUUGCCUUGGUCGUCCUCGGCAUCUCGUUUAUGGUCUUUGUGACCUUCUUUGGCCGUCUUCCUGCACUCAGACGCACUCCAAUAGCCUGGCUGCAUCGCCUAAUAUGGGUGCACAUUCCCAACGGGGUCCUGGGCUUCGAUCAAGUGGUCAGCAAGGGGAGGGUGACGGCUUCUUGCACGCGUUUCUUCAACUACAUGAUGUAUGACAAGCACCCAACCAUCCUGAUAUUCUUCCUCGUCCUCCUCGGCGGGAGCGAGUUUCUCUACCUUCCAACAGCCUGGCCGCAGAUCGGCACGCUCACCAAAAUCACGGGCACCAUCUCCAUCCUCCUGCCCUAUGUCUUCCUCUACCUCUCAGCCUUCACCGACCCGGGGUACGUCACUUCCGCGAACCACAUCCCUGAAAUGGCUCGCUACCCGUACGACUUCACCUUGUUCCACCCGGGCAACGAGUGCUCGACGUGCCGGUUCCUCAAGCCCGCGCGUUCCAAGCACUGCUCCGUGUGCAAGCGGUGCAUCGCCAAAAACGACCACCACUGCAUCUUCAUCAACAACUGCGUCGGCGCCCGCAACCAGCACUGGUUCAUCCUGCUGCUGCUCUCCACCGCCGUGCUGACGCUGUACGGCGGCCUGCUGGGCAUGCACAUCAUGUCCAGCAAGAUGCGCGCCCGCUUCCCCUACUGGGCGCUGCUCCCCUGGCGGGCCAAUGCCGGCGCGGGCAUGCCCCUGAAGCAGUGGCUCAUCAUCUGGAGCUGGGGCAUGCACGACGGCGUCGCCAUGGCCGCCGUCACCCUCCUCGCCCUCAUGACCAGCCCCCUCGUGUGGGGCCUGCUGGGGUACCAUGUGUGGCUGGUGUACUGUGGGACGACGACCAACGAGUCGAUGAAGUGGUCGGAUUGGCAGGCCGAGAUGGACGACGGGUUUGUGUUCAAGCGCAGGAUGGAGAAGGGGAGGGCCAAGGAUCUGAGGAUCGAGCCCGCGUGGACGAGGUGGCCGGUUGAACCGGAGCAGGUGCUUGUGCGGACCGUGGAUGGGAAGCCGCCUGCGCAAGAUGCGGAUUUGCCGGGUGUGGGUGAGUGGGAGGCCGUUUGGAGGUUGAAGGACGUGGAGAAUCUAUAUGAUAUUGGGUUCUGGGAUAAUCUGCUGGAUGUGUUUGUCCCGGGAUUCAUGUUUCGGGACCCGCGGAUGCCCGUGUCUGAGAGCAGGCUUCGACUGAAGAAGAAGAGGAGAGCUAAAAAGAUUUACCUGGCCUAGUCAGGGGGUGUAGGAAACGCUGGCGAAUUUUAUGGGCAUAGCGAAGGAGGGGUGGAACAACGCAUCUAAUACCCAGGAACCAACUAGACCGAUUGCGCUGCUUUUAAGGGGUAUCAAUCUAUAUAUUACACAAACAUGUACAAAGCUGC